CCGUGGUGUAUAUGGGUCAGCUUGACGCUGGCGGAGCUGGGAAUCGGGGGACUGUGCGUAAACGACGUGGGAGCUGCGGUUUCUCCCCCUUCACCGUGAGGAACAACACGUUUACACUCCAGACGGUGCAUAACGUAAAGAUAAGAUGGCUCGGAGCCGUGUGUGUUGGUGUGUGCUGAUCCACGUCCUCCUCUGCUGCUCCGUCUCCUCGGCUCACAACGACUUCUUCACCUCCAUCGGCCAGAUGACAGACUUGCUGUUCACAGAGAAGGACCUGGUCACCUCCCUGAAGGACUACAUCAAAGCGGAGGAGAGCAAGCUGGAGCAGAUCAAGAAGUGGGCUGAGAGGCUGGACGUCCUGUCGGUCACGGCCACUCAGGACCCCGAGGGCUUCCUGGGCCACCCGGUCAACGCCUUCAAGCUGAUGAAGAGGCUCAACACAGAGUGGGGCGAACUGGAGAGCCUGGUGCUCACCGACAUGUCCGACGGCUUCAUCUCCAACCUGACCAUCCAGAGGCAGCACUUCCCCAACGACGACGACCAGACGGGGGCGGCCAAGGCCCUGAUGAGGCUGCAGGACACGUACCAGCUGGACACCAAGGACAUCUCCACCGGAGAGCUGCCAGGCACGGCGGCGGCGGUGUCGUUCAGGAGCUCGCUGACGGUGGACGACUGUUACGACCUGGGCCGGGUGGCCUACUCGGAGGCGGACUACUACCACACGGAGCUGUGGAUGGCCCAGGCGCUGCAGCAGCUGGACCAGGGCGAGGAGGCGGCCGCCGUGGACGCCGUCACCCUCCUGGACUACCUCAGCUACUCCAUCUACCAGCAGGGGGAGCUGGAGAGAGCGCUGGCACACACCAAGAGGCUGCUCUCACUCGAUCCUGACCACCAGAGGGCCAACGGCAACCUCAAGUAUUUUGAGUACCAGCUGUCCAAGCAGAAGAAGGCAGAGGGGGAGAAGACGCAGGACGGGGGGAGAGAGAGGAGGAGCACGUCCAAGGGCCGACCUGCAGAUUAUCUACCAGAGAGGAAGAAAUACGAGCAGCUGUGUCGAGGAGAGGGCAUCAAGAUGACUCCUCUCAGAGCGAGCCGCCUGUUCUGCCGUUACUACGACAACAACCGCCACCCGAUGUUCGUGAUCGGUCCGGUGAAGGAGGAGGACGAGUGGGACCGCCCACGCAUCGUCCGCUACCACAGCAUCGUGUCCGACAAGGAGAUAGAGAAGGUGAAGGAGCUGGCCAAACCCCGACUAAGACGUGCCACGGUGCAUGACCCUCAGACAGGCAAACUGACCACGGCCCAUUACAGAGUCUCCAAGAGUGCCUGGCUGGCGGCAUACGAGCACCCGGUGGUGGACAAGAUCAACCAGAGGAUCCAGGACAUCACCGGCCUGGACGUCUCCACCGCCGAGGAGCUGCAGGUGGCAAACUACGGUGUCGGAGGGCAGUACGAGCCUCACUUCGACUUUGGACGGAAAGAUGAGCCGGACGCCUUCAAAGAGCUCGGCACCGGAAACCGCAUCGCCACCUGGCUGCUCUAUAUGAGCGACGUGGCAUCAGGGGGCGCUACAGUCUUCACAGACGUAGGAGCUGCCGUUUGGCCAAAAAAGGGAACAGCAGUGUUCUGGUACAACCUCCAUGCCAACGGAGAGGGAGACUAUCGGACCCGACACGCCGCCUGUCCUGUUCUGGUCGGCAACAAGUGGGUGUCUAAUAAGUGGAUCCAUGAACGAGGGCAGGAGUUCAGAAGACGCUGUAGCCUUGAAGAGGCGGCCUGACCACAGACCGACCGGACCUCCUCCUCAGGCCCCGCCCCCCUCCACAGGCCCCGCCCCCUGAAUCCACAGCCUGCCCCCUCCUCUCCUCAGCGCUGCGUCUUCCUCUCCUUCAAGCUCAGAGCUCAGCCGCUCGCUCUGUGGCUGCACAUGUGAUCAGACACAUUUAUUUUUAUCUGAAGUGUGUGUGUGUGUGUGUUCCUGCGUGACAGUAACUGUUGUGUGUAUGUGUGUGUGUGUGUGUGAAUGUGUGAUAGUGAGAGCCGAUGGAUUCUGUGGUGGGGUUUGAGGCUCUGACCUGUGGCUGCUUAUGAUGCUGGUAUUUUUGCAAGACGAUACUUCAAAAGAAUCCAGCAUCAGGCUGACAUGUCGGUCUCACACUGAUCUGUGGUGUGUGUGUGUGUGCGUGUGUGUGUGUGUCGUCUGUGCCUUCUCUCGUUGGGUUUACACACUCCUAUAAUAUGGGACAUUUGCACCAUAACGCAACAGCUUUCCUGCGCUCGCAGCAAGAACACGAGGCUGCCUUCUCCUGUCGACCUGAUCAGUUUUUAUCUUUUUUCUUUUUAAAUUUUAUUUUAGUGAAGAACAAAUGGCAGACGCUCCUCUGUACAUUACUUUCUGACUUUUUUAAAAUGUUGCUGUUACCAAGCCAACAUGAUUUGGCAAGAGCCUUCAUCCGAGCAUCAGUUAUUUUACUUUUAUGGUUCACUUCUUUGCGUUUUUAGCGAUCAAAUCACAAACGCUGUCACCGAAUGUCACCGCCCUGCCGCUCCACACGUCUCACUCCAAUCCUGUCUCUUGUUCAGAUCUUUUUUUAUGUGUGUGUGUGUGUGUGUGUGUGUGUGUGUGUGUUUCUCCUGCUUUGGCCCACACGCUCCCUGGCAGAUCCUCAGUAAAUUAUUUGCUGCAUGCCGACACUCUUCCAUUGCGUUUAGUGUUUGAUACGACGAGCGUCAUCCAGCUGUAAAUCUUUGACUGAACAGAUUCAGGUCCAUUCACAAUCAUCAGUUUGAUUUUUGAAUUUGUGAGCUGCAUUUGGAGCCAAUGAUUUUGAGUAUUUGUACCCCAAAUUUUAUAUCUAUUAGAAAACCUGCAGUCAUGCAAGACUAUCAUUUUUCUUGUGAUUGUGAUUUACACGACUUGAACAUUUUUAUCCUGUAAGAAAAGUCUUUCCUGACAAAAGCUGCAGCUCUUAGUGUUCCGUUAAAUCGCCAAGGUCCUUUUUUCUUUUUUCGGUUCAGUGUCAGUUCAAGUCGGAGCGAUGCGUUCAGAGUCUUUUAGCAGAUCCACUCUGUUGAAUCAGCAGAAUUCAUAGUCGAUGCCGGUUCUGACUCUCUGUAAACUGUCUCCCUGUUCCAGGAGGAAGGUGCAGCUCCAAACUGUGAGCUGUUUCUGUGUCAGACUUCAAAUUCAUUUUAACAAUCUGCAACUCCAAACUGUCACAUUUAGACUCAUUUGGCUUGAUAGCUGGUUUUGAUUCUCAUUUUUGAAAUAAUGCUUGUUGCAUUUGCUAAAUUAUACAGUUUUCAUUGCACUCCCCAUUUAAAAGAGAAAAAACAUGAAAACCUGACAGUCAGUCUGAAAGGCUGUGUGUUGUGUUGUGUUGUGUUGUGUUGUGUCUGAAAGAUGCUCAGUCGUCUCCAGACAUGCCGAUGCGUCACGUCUGGCUCCGCCGAGGCCAGACUCACUGAUGCUGCGGCCUCGCGCUGCGUCAUGCUUAAGUAGCAAACUGGAGCCCUGCCAGGUUCUCUGAAUGUCUUUUUUUGUUUUUUGUUUUUCUUCCCCCUCAGAGCAGUGACAGAGGCUUGUGCUGCUCUUCAGAAUAAGAGCCUGCAGGGAAGGUUAAAGGGGAAGUGGCUGGUUCAAGUUUUGUUUUGGAUUUGUGAUCAGAGGAUCUGCUUUUGGACAAUCAGACAGGAGAUCAUUAGCACUGAUUGGCUGGCAGUGCCCCCCCCCCCCCCCCCCCCCACCCCCCCCCCCCCCCCUCCACCCCCUUCUUCACCUCUCUCUCUCUCUCUCUCUCUCUCUCUCUCGCUGCCACUGUCACGUUCUCAUGUCAAAGUCUCUCCUUUCAUGUCCUCUCUCCCUCCCAUUCUGCCUUGUCACACCCCUCUCUUCCACCAAUACAAUGUGUGUGUGUGUGUGUGUGUGUGUGUGUGUGUGUGUGUGGGCUCUGUUUCAACCUGGAGGUCAUUCACUUUCCCUCCAGGGACAAACAACAGAUGAACGCUGACAUUCGAAGCCAAAUCAAGUCACACCGUGUCUCCUGCGUGAACAUGUGAACCGCUCCUCACGACACCCAAACACACACACACACACACACACACACACACACACACUCCACCUUCAGUCAGAGUGAGCAGUUGUGUCUGUGCCUGCAGAUAAAACUUGACAGUGGCCUUAUUCCAGUGUAUGAACCUCUGUAUCAACCUGUGGGAAAGUUUUGUAAUUACAAUAAUUUCCCAUGGACGGUAAUAAAGUGUGACUAAGGUGCAGUUUAUGUAAAGGAACAAUACAGCCAAAAUACCAGUGUUCCUUCCAGUUCAGUCAGAUCGCCUCUGUGUGAUCUGGUGAGGUUUUCCAGUCUGUCGGGAAGCAGAGGUCUUCGCCUGGAGGGCUGCGGGUCACGUCGGGGGGCUGUGAGCUGUUUCUGGAAAGGAUUUUUUCGGCAAGAUGCUCCCAUCUGACAGUUUGAGCUCCACAAAACAAAACCAUCAGAACGAAACUUCACCAAAUCACACAGAAACUGUCUGGAUGGAUAGACUGUCACACUGUUUUGUUUUCUUUCUCUUUUGUAUUUUGGGUGAACUGUUCCUUUAAAAAAAACAAAAGAAUAAUGCGCUGUAUGAACACAGGACAAAAUCUGCUGCUGUGUCAAUCAUGUCUGUUUAACUAAUUCUCAUAAUUAGAAUCAAAGAGGCAAUCCUGAACUUUAAGGUUUUUUUUUUUUUUUUUUUUUUUUUUUUUUAUUCAUUCAUCAGUGCAUCAUCACUCCUCUGUGUGUGUGUGUGUGUGUGUGUGUGUGUGUGUAAAGGAGCAUGAGGUCCAGCCCGACAUGCAGCUUGUAUUGUGUUUUAUUUUAUUUUCUGUAAGGAAGUGUGUGUGUGUGUGUGUGUGUGUGUGUGUGUGUGUGUGUGUGUGUGUGUGUGUGGAAGUUGCGCUCCUGUGUGUGUCCAUGAGUGACAUGAAUGUUUUCUAGAGAAAUAAAUUUUAUGUGAUUGAACAAUCCGUGCAA